UCACCCGAGGAGCACGUGAAGAACAUUCGCCGUCUUUCUAUUUUGUGUGCAUUGUGGCAUAAACAACACUAAAAUGUUUUCGGCGGCGAGAAUCGCAACUUCACAUAUUAAACAGUGUUCACAACUAAUAGCUACAGGACAGACACGACGUUUCUUAUCGAACUUAGCAAAACAGCAACCAUGGGGUGGCCUUUCCUACGACAUUUUUGGUGUCAAAUGCCAACGGUUUUUUGCGUCAGAAGUGAAAGGAGCUGUAAUAGGCAUAGACUUGGGUACCACCAACUCAUGUGUGGCUGUAAUGGAAGGCAAAGUGGCUAAAGUAUUAGAGAAUGCAGAGGGUGCACGGACAACGCCGUCUGUUGUUGCCUUCACACAGGAAGGAGAAAGAUUGGUUGGAAUGCCAGCGAAACGUCAAUCAGUUACGAAUCCAGCUGCAACACUUUCUGCGACAAAACGUUUGAUUGGGAGGCGAUUCACAGACGCUGAAGUACAAAAGGACAUACAAAAUGUUCCAUAUAAGAUUGUAAAAGCAUCAAAUGGGGAUGCCUGGUUAGAAGCACAGGGCAAGAUGUACUCACCCAGCCAAAUAGGUGCCUUUGUCCUGAUGAAGAUGAAAGAAACUGCAGAGAGCUACUUGGGUACGACAGUAAAGAAUGCAGUGAUCACCGUGCCAGCUUACUUCAACGACUCACAGCGACAGGCAACUAAAGAUGCCGGACAGAUUUCUGGUCUCAACGUGCUCCGAGUUAUCAAUGAACCAACCGCAGCCGCUCUCGCAUAUGGAAUGGACAAGUCAGAAGACAAAGUGAUUGCUGUAUAUGAUCUUGGCGGUGGAACGUUUGAUAUAUCCGUCUUGGAGAUUCAGAAGGGUGUGUUCGAGGUGAAAUCGACAAACGGUGAUACGUUCCUGGGAGGUGAAGAUUUCGAUCUGGCUUUGCUCACCUAUCUCGUGGGCGAGUUCAAGAAAGAGCAAGGAAUAGAUCUCAAAAAGGACACGAUGGCACUACAGAGACUGAGGGAAGCUGCAGAAAAGGCCAAGUGUGAACUGUCAUCAGCACUACAGACUGAUAUCAAUCUCCCAUAUUUGACGAUGGAUGCCAGCGGACCAAAGCACAUGAAUAUGAAGCUAUCGAGGGCAAAGUUUGAGAGCAUCGUCGAAGACCUGGUGAAGCGAACGAUAGCUCCAUGCCAGAAGGCCCUGCAGGACGCGGGGGUGUCGAAGGCAGACAUAGGAGAGGUGCUCCUAGUCGGUGGCAUGUCCCGAAUGCCAAAGGUAAUCCGUCGUCUUGAAAGAACUGUUUGACGAACGCCCAGCAAGUCUGUGAAUCCGGAUGAAGCGGUAGCGGCUGGAGCUGCGAUUCAGGGAGGAGUGUUGGCUGGAGACGUGACGGACGUGCUACUGCUGGACGUGACGCCGCUCUCGCUCGGCAUCGAAACCCUCGGCGGAGUCUUCACGAAGCUGAUCAACAGAAACACAACUAUUCCAACCAAGAAGAGCCAGGUCUUCUCAACAGCUGCUGAUGGCCAAACUCAGGUGGAGAUCAAAGUCUUUCAGGGAGAACGUGAGAUGGCCACUGACAACAAGGUUUUGGGGCAAUUCCAGCUGGUUGGCAUCCCACCAGCACCCAGAGGUGUGCCACAGGUCGAGGUGACCUUUGACAUUGAUGCGAACGGAAUAGUAAAUGUAUCGGCCAGGGACAGAGGCACGGGCAAGGAACAACAGAUUGUGAUCCAGUCAUCGGGAGGUCUGAGCAAAGAUGACAUUGAAAACAUGGUGAAGAAUGCAGAAAAGUACGCGGCUGAGGACUUGAAGAAGAAAGAUAUGGUGGAGGUAGUCAACCACGCUGAGGGCAUGAUGCAUGACACAGAGUCCAAGAUGGAAGAGUACAAGGACCAGCUGCCUGCGGAUGAGUGCACGAAGCUAACUGAGGAGCUUGGGAAACUGAAGGCGCGCAUUGCGAACAAAGACCAGGAGACGGUGGAGAGCAUCCGAGAAUCCUCCAACGAGCUCCAGAAGGCUUCACUCAAACUGUUCGAGAUAGCAUACAAAAAGAUGGCUGCGGAGAGAGAGGGUCAGAGUGGAGGAAGUACGGACACAGAGAGCAAGCAGCAGGAGGAGCCGGAGGAGGGCAAGGAAGGCAAGGAAGGCAAGGAGGGAAAGUCCAACUAAGAGAAUGGCCAAGCAGUCAAAGUUUCAUCCAUCAUCGUCGUCAUCAUCGCGUGUGCUUGCGUGACGUGAGCCACACGAGUGACGUGUAACGUGUGUGCUGAGGUGGUGUAACGCGUGUGCUAGUGUGGUGUAACGCGUGUGCUAGUGUGGUGUAACGCGUGUGCUGAGGUGGUGUAACGCGUGUGCCAGCGUAAAGACUGUGCAGCAGUUGCCUGGAUAACGAGACAUCAAUCAGGCUACACUAGUGACACCUGGUGGGUCGCGCACGUAGACGUCGUCGUCAGACGAUGUGGAGAAGACCUGUGCGCGCCUCUACGGUUCACUGUUGUUAGAAGAUUCGCAUGAGAACCAAUUUCGAUGAUUAUCCCAAUUUAUGCGGAAAUGCGCGAUGGAUAGCAACUGCCUCCGCGGAGGGUCAGUUGUGUUCAUUGUUCACUCAGAUGCUGGUGAUUGUUGGAAAAUAAGUUCAUGUAUCAGUUUGAAUGUAACAUAAUAAUACUAAAAACCGUGAGUGUCACCCUGCAAGGCAAUCAGCAAUAGUAUUGCUGCCACACCCCGACUUGUCGGUUGUGUGAAGCUGGUUUCACCUUUGCUAUUGUAGCUUUCUUUAAAGUUAAUUUUAAGUAGAGCUAAGCACGAUUGUUAUGUUGUUAAUGAUCACUUCAUGGUUUAGUCAAUAUUUAAUAUACCUAAAGCCAUUGUUGGAAACUGGACAUUCCUAGUUGUUAGUCAGUGAUUGGUUAGCAUUCACUAAAUCUCUAAUUUAUCAUUAAAAUCCCCAUGUUGUACCUGCAUUGAUAAAUAAAUGCAUAGAUUUCCAGUAAUAGCUAAACAA